AUGGCCCGUAACAGCACAGUUAGCCCGUACGUCGGUCGUCUUGGCCGUAGCCAGCUGUACUCGAAGAAGGGUGGCUACAAGCACGCUGGCCGCAAGCCAGCUCCGGCCGCGGAAGAGGCGCCAGUCGCCACCAAGGAGAAGGCAGUCGGCGGCGCUAAGAACGCGGGCAAGCGUGUGCUUCCCACAAACAAGGCUCCACGCUUCUACCCAGCCGACGAUGUGCGCGCUAAGAAGGUUAACCGCAAGACGCCAAAGCCAACGAAGCUGCGUGAAAGCAUCACUCCCGGCACUGUACUCAUCCUCCUCGCUGGUCGCUUCCGUGGAAAGCGUGUUGUGUUCCUGAAACAGCUUGAGAGUGGUCUUCUGCUUGUGACGGGUCCAUUCAAGCUGAACGGUGUGCCGAUCCGCCGUGUGAACCAGGCAUAUGUGAUUGCUACUAGCACGAAGAUCGACAUUAGCAACAUCAAGGUGGACGACAAGUUGAACGAUGCAUACUUCCGCCGUGAAAAGGCUGCCAAGGUCAAGGCUGAGGCGUCUUUCUUUGCUGACCCAGCCAACAAGGCGCCGCUUGCUGAAAGCAAGGUCGCUGACCAGAAGGCGCUGGACAAGGAUGUCCUUGCUGCCAUCAAGAACGAGGGUCCUCUCCUUGCUAAGUACCUCGCUGCCACUUUCUCUCUCUCGAAGGGUGACAAGCCUCACGCGCUCCGCUUCUAA